CAGUGGGUACCUGUCAAAAACAGGUACCCGCUCCUACUUCCGGUCCAAUCGCCUAGGCAAUCAGAAACGGAAGGUGCCCUCCCUCCCUCACUCCCUGUAGUCUUUUGGGACAAGUGACAGGUCCCAGAAGACUACAGGACCACUCAUGAAGCGCAGCGCUACUCGCGCAUGCGCAGUGGGUACCCGGCUGUGAAGCCGCAAGCUAUCAUAGCCGGGUGCCCACGCUGAAGAUGCCGGCCUUCUGGAAUCAGGACGGCCGGUGAAACGGGCUGCGGGGUACACACCACGG